AUCCAGUUACGCUCCGCUCCUUUAUUUCCGUGUCCAGAUCCGCACAAGGGCAAAUUCUGUCCGAUUGUCCUGUGUUUGCUCGGCAGUGAGUUCAGUGAUGGCUAGGCUGCUGCUCAGGGGCACUUUGAGAGGCUACUUCACCUCACCGCUCCGCAUGAUGGGAUCCGAUCAGCUGGGAGACCUGGGUGGAGGAGCAGGGAAAGGUGGAGGAGCGGGCGGCUCGGUGAGGGAGGCCGGAGGAGCCUUGGGGAAGAAGCAGGCGGCGGAGGAGGAGCGCUACUUCAAGCAGAAGGAGAAGGAGCAGCUGGCGGCUCUGAAGAAACAUCACCAAGAAGAGAUCGACCACCAUAAGAAGGAGAUCGAGCGCCUGCAGAGAGAGAUCGACAGACACAAGGGCAAGAUCCGGAAGCUCAAACACGACGACUGAAGCGCCAUCAUCACAAUAUUUCACGUCUUGUGCCUGAGAGCCGUCUGUGUCUGUAGCCACUCGCGUGAUCCACAGCUUUCGGCUCGUCUUCAGAUGACGACCCAAGUGAUUUAAAUCUGUUGCUGGUUUGAGAAAUAAAGCGUUCUGAGUUUAUCUGAA